AUUUUGCAUCACUUACUACCAGACUUUUAUUGUGAACUCCAAACGGAAGCCUUUGAUACGCCAUGUUUACGGAAGACAUGGAAAACUCAGCCAUGAAUUAAACCUUCUAUGAGCAUCGGUUGCUGAAUUAACAUUUUAAAGUAUUGCGUUUCAACGUCCGUCUCUCGUCUUAGUCUCAUUUCGCAGAGAGUCACAACCUUCAUCAUGUGGGACCAUGAAAUCAGAGCAAUGGCGUCCACUCACGCCAUCAUUGCCGUCUCUGUGUUCAUGGCGACCGUCCUACCUGCGGCGAUCGUGCGCGGGUUCUCGGUGUACGGCACGCACCUUCUGUGGCUCUACUCGGUGUCCGGUGCGGUCACCGCCGUCAGUGUCUCCGUCUUCUGGCUGCUGGGCAUUUCGCCGCCCACCAAGAAGCACACGCUGGGAUACAAGCUUUCUCGGGUGUUUCGUUCCUGUCUGUACUUCUUCCUGUCGUGCCUGUUUUUCCACGCUGUGGUUGUUCUCUAUGGAGCUCCGCUGAUUGAAUCUGCCUUGGAAACAUUCUCCCUAGCUGUGCUACUGACCUCUUUAACCACAUUGAGGUGUCUCUGUGUCCUCGGCCCAAACGUCCAGGCCUGGAUACGAGUAUUCAGCCGGCACGGAGCUAUGUCUGUGUGGGACACAUGUCUGCAGAUAACAGUGGCCUGCACUUUGGUGGGAGCCUGGGUAGGAGCCUUUCCCAUACCACUGGACUGGGACAGGCCUUGGCAGGUUUGGCCCGUUUCCUGCAGUUUGGGAACUACUAUCGGCUUCCUGACCGGCCUUCUUGCAGCUCCUGCUUGGAUCCACUACCAUCGCAAGCAGCUCACGUACAAGUGCAAGUGAUGGACAGAUGUAGGCUUGUUUGCGACCACAAGGGUAUUUUUCUCGUAUUCCUGCUGUAUUCCUUUAACUUUGUACUGAAUAUUUAUUGGGUGCAUUCCCUCCUCAUGCUGCCUGUAGGAAAGAAGAUUAUGCAUACGUUAUUAAAAUGUAAGCAUGGAGGCUGAAUAUUUUCUUUGAACAGUUUUAACCUGUAUGAAGCAAUACUUUGGAUUUCUUUUUUGAUUAAAAGGUUGGAAAUAUCAGUCAUUUGAGUGAUCAGCAGUACUCAGAACUGUAGGUGGUGCUGUUGGAUCACCACCUGCAUAAGCUGUGUGUUUGUGUGAGUGUGUGCCUGUGAGGGUUUAAAUGAAGAGAGGAAAUCAAGGCUCACGGUAAUUUACAAAGUAAUCAGUAUUAUGGUUGGGUGGUAAUUUAUUGAAAGAGAUGUGACAGCAAGUUAUGACAAAGUGUACUUCCAUCCUGACAUGCACAUUGAGGUAAUUUUGCACCUGCAAGAUGAAUACUGUUAGUUACCAGUCCAGCUUUUCAGAUCCUCGGGCCACCAUAUCGAUUCACUUUCAUUUUAGGUGCAUUCAUUUUUCUCCUUCCAUGCUGCCUACAUCUGUUGCUCUCCCCUCGCAGCCUGGUGACCACAAUGAAACAUCUUGCAUCUUUCUGCAUCACAGUGUCCGACUGCGAAGUAAAUGACAAAGGCUGUUUGCAGACAGAUUGUAGCACAAUGAAACUAAAGUAAUUACGUGCCAGUUUUGUCACAGAGCCAGAGGCGAGGCAGUUCAAUCCCCCUGUCUUUGAACUCUUACAUAAGGCAGUUGCCAGGGAAAGACUGAGGAAAAUAGCCUGGAGAAGGCAAAAAGAGGGAGAAGAAAAUAAUUUGGAAAAUCUAUAUAGGGAGAGAGAUUUUCAAGCCUUUUAAAUGCACUUACGACGCCAAUCAGCACACCUUUUUCAUCGGACUUCAUGCUGUUAUCUCCAUUAUCCUUUCAUCCGACACCUUCUCGAGAAGACUCCUGGAGAGCAAAGGGUGUGCUGUAACUGAUUUCACCUCCAGCCGGCUCGUGCUGUGUGUCAUCACACCGGGCACGUCACAUCUGGUGAUUCUCGGAGUGAUUCGUUUUUCUGUCCCUUGAGUCGUUCGCACGGGCGUAAUCGAUUUAUUUUGAGGACUGAGAUCUGUUUGGAGUGGCUUUGUCUGUGUGCUCAAGCCCACUAGUGGCGCUUUCAUCUGCGAGACAAGAACAAGGCCAUUCGAUCCGACAUAAAAGACACUGUUUCUAAAAAAUAUUCUCUUCUCAUUCUAUCUCAGAGAACUUUGUAUAUUCAUUGUUUGUUCUCUGGCUGUGCUCUUGUACCAGGGCUUUGUGAGGUAAUUUGUCACUCUUAACCCCUCUUUCCUGCAAGGCCAUUGUUGUAGGCAGAGCUGUUAUGUUUCUGCAGUGAUAUAUUCUCUGUGGUGUUUCACCCAAAAUGAAGCCUGGAUAAUCAAUUAUCUUUAGGGGGAGCACUGAAUCAAAUGACUUUGCAAACAUAUUGCUCAGGCUGCAGGGAAUACAACGAAUCCACAUCCAGCUCUGCAGUUACUACAUCAUGAAAUUAACCUUGAGAUUCAGCUUCAUGACUCACACUUGAACUCUUUUGCAUGUCUCCACGGUGAAGAAUAUUUAUCCGUUCAUAUUAGAUGACUAGAUUACAAAUUGAAAAAAAGAAAAUACUAAUUUUAAUCACAACUGAGAAAAGUAAGUAAUCCAAUAACAAACACAUUUAGAAAACAAUAAGAACACUUCUACUUCAUCAUUGUUUUUGCAUGCAUGCCUCUAAUGAGGCAAUAUAUUUCCUUUUGUGUAGUAAUUUCUUUAUCUUCCACCCAUUAUCUCCAA